GUGCACUGUUCAUCCGUUGAAUUUUAAUUAAUUGGAGUAGAAAAUCUCAUGGAAUACGUUAGUUAUGGCAUUGGAUUAAUUUUAGUCCAGUAGUGAUGUAUUAUUGAUUGGGGUUUUGUUUGGUUGUGAGAACGUGAUGGGAAAAUGAAAAGGAAAUUGGUUAUUAAUUCUUGAAUAUUUUGAUUAGGUUCUUGAUCGUUCUGUCAGUUUAGUACGUGAAUUGAGUGCUCAGUUUUGCGGAAUGAGGUAGUAUGACCCGAGACACGGAAACCACGGGAAGUGACGAGUUAGAAGGCUAGCCAUUUCGAGAUUGAUAUAAUUUUAGAAAUAAAUCAUGUUUUUUUUAUAAGAUAGAUUUUACCUUGUGAUUUUAAGUUUAAGUCAUGUUGGACAUAGAUUUAUGGAAUAGAGUUUGGGAUUUGAAUAAGUUCCGAGCCUUGUGCGUUUGUGGGACUCGUCUCACGAGUGCACGGCGUUUGUUGCGCCUCGGAUUUGGGUUCUGGGGCGUGACAAGAUCUGUAGUAGCAGUUUCAAUAACAGAUCUAUAGCAGCAGCAGCAGCAGAUUUGUAGCAGCAGAGCAGAUCUAUAGCAACAGCAGCAGCAGAUGUGUAGCAGUAGCAGCAGCAGAUGUGUAGUAGCAACAGAUGUGUAGCAGCAGCAGCAGCAGAUUUGUAGUAGCAGCAACAGAAGCCAAAAGGGAAGGGGAAAGUCGAAGGUUAGGUUGUGAGAAUGAGUGAGGAAGAACUGUAGAAGCAAGAAGGGGAGGGCUAUGAGGUGUGCUGCGUGAGUGAGAAAGGGAAAUGAAUAGGGUUAGGAAAUUAGGGUUGGAAGGAGGAUGAUGGGUUGUGUUGGGAUGGGUUGGGUUGGGUAAAGUUUAAUUUUUAUUGAAUUGGGUUUGGGUUUGGAUUUGGGUUUAAUUUUAAAAAUUAAAUUAAAUUUAAAAUAGAAUUAAUUUAUAUACAUUUUUUACAUUUUUCACGGGGAUGGGGAUUCUCGCGGAGCCCCACGGGGCGGGGAAAAUUUCCCGCGAAAUUUCACGGGGAGAAAAUGUCCCCCAUCCUCGUCCCGUCCCCGUGACGGGCAAAUUGCCACCCCUA